AUGGUUAUUGACGACAAGCGUAAGGCGGUCCACGAGCAGAUUGUGUCGUUGGUGACCCAAGACCCCGGCCUCCCUCGUAAGGGGCCAUCCGUCGCAUUCUGGCAAGAGCCCGCUCAUGCUAUUUCCACAAUCCAGUCACCACAGCUUCCAACAGAAGUCGACAUUGCCAUCAUUGGCUCGGGAAUCACUGGCUGCAGUGUCUCGCGAACUCUUCUGAGCAACCCCAAGCUCCGCAAUAAGCGGAUUGCUCUCUUCGAGGCCCGUGCAUUGACAAGUGGCGCCACUGGUCGUAACGGUGGACACUUGGUCUCUCCUGCAGCUGUCGACUUUGCAGCAGUUGCGAGUUUAUUUGGAGCUGAAAAGGCUGCGGAGGUAACACGAUUCUCAUUUCGCAAUCUCGAGAGAUUCCAUGAAUUUGUGUCUACGCUAGACGACGAUCUUCGAGAUGCAUCGGAAGUUCGCAAAGUCCAGAAAGUCAUGAACUUCCUUGAACCAGCGACUUUUGAACACUUUAAGGACUCUCUCCGCCAGUUCUCGGCAGCUUGCCCCGAACUCUCAGAUCAAUUCAAGAUUCUUUCCGCCGAAGAAGCUAAAGCUAAAUACAAAUUCAAUGAAUCUGCUGGGGCUUGCGAACAACCUGCGGGCGCAGUAUGGCCCUAUCGCAUUAUCACUGGACUUUUCGCCAAACUACUCAAAGAGAACCCAUCACGAUUUUCAAUUGACACCAAUACACCCGUGACAAGCGUCACAUACGAGGCUGAGAAGUCUAGCUACCGUCAUAAAUUGCAAACGCCUCGCGGAGUAGUCUACGCCGAUCAAGUGGUCUACUGCACGAACGCAUACACUUCACACUUGAUCCCACAGCUUCGAGGAAAGAUCUUCCCAUUCCGUGGCACCAUGUCGACCCAAUCAAUCGCUCCGAACCUCCCAAAUCACGGCGCCCGCCACUCAUGGAGCAUCUACCACGAGCCCAAGUUUGAUCCAGCCACGGGCACUUUUACUUUCGGUCUUUAUUAUAUGACGCAGAAUGCAAAGACGGGUGAUUUCUUCUUUGGUGGUGAGAAGCAACGACUAGAAGAGAUUCUUGUCAGCGAUGACACCGUUGUUCCUACUUUGCCCUCUCAAAAUUUGACCUCUUUGAUGGCUGGCACGUUCAAGUCAGCAACUGGAGAGCCAUUGAAAUCUAACCCACGCCGAAUUUGGUCUGGUAUCAUGGGAUUUACACCAGACGGAAUGCCCAUGGUAGGCCGACUUGGUAAGAGGUUAACUGGAAGACCGGGUGACAAGGAAUGGGCUGCGGUUGGGUUCAAUGGCUAUGGUAUGGAUAAGUGCUGGCUUGUUGGAGAGCUACUCGGUGCCAUGAUCGCAGGUGAAGAUGUCACCGGUCGCCUCCCGGCACUCUAUCAGAUCACCGAUGAGAGGCUGAACAACCUGAUGGCACCUAGAGAUGUUCCCGCUAGACUUUUCCGUCUCUAG